GGGACAAUGUUGAUCAUGACAUGAGAUCAAGAUCCAAAAUUUUAAACCAAGGAGAGAAGAUGAAAUUGCGAGGAGGAAAGCACCACAAACAAAGUGAAAUUGCAUGGGGAACAAUUUCGAGCUACACAACAACUAAGUGUGAGACCCAUUAAUUGAAGCAGAAUCCUAACAAUACACACCAAUAAUUGAGACUGAAAUUUGUUGAAAUGGACUUGUUUUCUCUUUCAAAAAAAGAAGUUGGCCAAUUCAGGAUGUGACAGAGAUGAUUGCUUUACUUGGGAAAAAGGAACUUAGCUUUUUUAGAGAUGUGAUAGCAAUUAGAAUGUUGAUGCAACAGAUUAGAGAAACAAAUUCCACAUCCAAACAUGAAUAUACAUGAUAAAAUAAAAAUAUUUCCAUGGUUAAUAUUUAGCCUAAAAAACUAAAAAACUAGUGUGAGGAGAGUUGGUUUAAAAGGGGAGAAUGAAAUGAACUAGUUGCUCAUUUCUCCAGAGUCCAGAGGCCUAGAAUGGAGCAGUUUCAUUAUAGUUCUCAAAGAAGAGAAGAAGCAGAAGCAGAGGAGUUCAGUUUGAGAGAAUGGCCAGUUAAGGCAAGGAUCAAGUGCGAGAGCACAAGUUCCAGAAGGUUUUCGGGUUCUUAUAUAAGAAGCUUUAGGGAAGAUGGCAGAUCCUUCAGAUCAAACAUAACCAUCUCCAGCACUGCUUCUUCUCCAGGCUACUCCAUGAGAGAAGAAAUUGACCCAUCAACCUACUCAUUCACUGCUGCACUCAAAGCAUUGCAAGCCAGGUCAAGUUAUAAUAGCUGGGAAAGCUUGUCACCAGAUGGGUUUUCUUUGAACUCAAAGUGGUACGAAGCAGAGAAAUAUAUUUGCAAUCCUCUUUCAGGGGAGGUUCCAAUGGAGUGUUUAUCUGCGAAAACACUCAGCGCAAGGUCAUUCAGAAACUUCAGAACCAGAAUCACCAUGUCUGCUCCUUUAGUUUAUUCAACCAACUCCAGACUACUCCAUGAAAGGCCAAUUACUUCUCCACAGGAAGAAGCAGUUCAUCAGUAUCCAAUUCCAGUUGUAGAAAAGAAAGUGGAAGGGAUGACUAAGGAUGUGGGAACUCAAAGCACACCACCUGACCGAAGUUCAGCAAGUCCUAGCCCUGCUUCUACACCUCCCAUUAAAGAGAGAUCGUUAAAGGCAUGUGGGAAAGAAGAAACUGCUUCACCAAAUUCUAAUUCCAAACCAAAAAAUAAGUCAGAGGAUGCAAGGGUGGCAAUUAAAGCAGGAAAAGAAAAGGAGAUGACAAAAGGAGAAAAGGGAGAUAGAAACAAUACAAACGAGCAAACGUGGAGGCAAGGUGAAGGUGGGUGCCUGUCAUGGAUGAGAACAAGACAGAGAGAUAAACACAAAACAAGAAAGAAGAAUUUUUUACCUCAUUUGAAAGGGUGCUGAAAAGUUACUGAGAAAAUGGCAAAAGGAGAUUCUCUUCGUAUUUCAGGCAUAUUUUUGCAGGUGUUAGUGGGGUGUUUAGAAAUUAAGGGCGGGCAAUCAUGGAGAGGGACCUCUGGCCUGCGGAGGAAGGUUAGGGUUUUAGUUUGGUGGUUCUCUGCUUUAGUCUUGGUGCCGAAUGAUAUUAUUUUUUGUUUAUUGGGAUGGUGAAAGUUGGGAGCAGCUUUCUCCUUCUCACUUCACGUGCAUGCCUUUGUCUUUACCUUUACACAAACCAAGCUUUUAAUGAGUAGGAUUACUAAUUUCAUAA